ACGGCGCUGGUAUAUUGUUUCUGUGAGGUUCCGAUAUGCCUAAGUUAUGAGCUGAGACAUCAGUUUCGCACGCCACCAUAUUCAGGCCAUUUUCAACCCUGAGACAAAUUUCUAUUGCAGACUGCCAGACGUACGAAGGUGAUUCAACUCUUGUUAGCCAUGGCCACAUCAAGUGACUUCGAAGAGCGUAAAUUACGCAAGCUUAGCCCUAUUGAGAAAUAUUUCCAGUUUUCUAACGAAAAUAACAUAAAUUUGACUGUUUACUGUCUAACUAUUGCGACUCAGAACCCUUUGCAAUGGAGCUUCGUGCACUCUGCUCUCCAGCAUCUGUACAGGAAAAUGCCAAAUUUGCGCGUCUGCAUCUGUGAGGACGGAAAUGGCGACCUAUGGCUGUGUCGAAUGGCGGAAGAAAAUAUAAUUUUGAAGUGGCUGACUUCUCCAGAGGGCUACGACGCUGUGUACAUUGGAGAGACCCGCAAGCCCUACGAUGCCAAAGUGGGGCCGUUAUGGCGCGUGACGGUCAUGCCAGCUCAGGACGGACCGACUCCUGAUGCAGAGUUCAAGCAUCAUUAUAGAGUGAUGUUCGGACUGCAUCAUUCCAUCACCGACGGCCACUCAUCCAUGCGAUUGUGUGGACACUUUCUAUCUUUACUCAAUUCUGAACUUGAAGGGAACGAAGUCGACGACAACGAACAGUUUGCUGAUUACGUGGGGCCAGAGUUUCACGAUAAGCUUGUAGAGGAAGCCAAGCUCACUCUCAGCACGAACUUGGACUUGCAACAUAAAAUGCGGGAUGAUUACUCUGCUAUUGCUGCUGCUGGUUCUCUCCUCACAAAGUUUUUUCCGCCGAAGGAAGAGGUAACUGAUCCAGAAACUGAAACACUCUUCAUGAAAUUUGAUGAGACAUCCACUUCCAAAUUUUUGCAGAAAAUAAAAUCAGAAGGAGUGAGCGUGCAUUCAGGAUUCUGCUCGGUGUUGCACAGCGCAUUUGUAGAGAUGUUUCAAGAAGCAGGAGUUUCUUCGGAAAAGUUUGACAUUGUUUCUUUCCACGACGUAAAUGAGAGAAGAUACUGGGAUUCUGAGUCUGAGAAAUCUUACGGACCACAUGUUGGUAUGCAACGAAUACUCUUUACAGUUGAUAAGGACUGUCCUUCAAAAGUGUGGGUAAGUGCCCGCCACUUUCACAAGGUCUUCCAUGAAUGCUUGAAUAACAAACAGAUGUUCUUUAUGGAUAUUAUAGACGCCGAAGUCUUUCCUCCUGUGAAGAAAUCAUCGGAACUUUACAGCUAUAAGCUCCCUUGCCCCACCGCCUAUAACACUUCCAACAUGGGCAACGUCACCAAAAUAUUCCUAGCACCAAACGGGGAUGAAUAUUCUCACGUGAAGGCCACGGAGAUCCGGCGGAGCACGUCGAUUCAUCCAUAUUUCACAAAUAACGUGUUUUGUGUGCAAACAUUCCGUGGGGAAUUGCUAUUUUCAUUUGACUACAACACGAGGUUUGUCACAGACGAGCUCGCAAAAAAAAUUCUGGAGAAAGUCCGUCAACAUUUUCUGCGUCACUCCAUUUGAAUAGCUAAUUUUCACAUAUCUACUCAGUUUGGCAGAAUGAGCUUGUAUACACUCUAAGUGUCAGUGCAGCGAUAAAUAGCGCUAUCCGUCUCAAAAAGCAUUUUUU